AUGAGCAACGAAGCUGACAGAAUGGAUGUUGAUGAAGACGAAUUGCAAAAUAUUGCGCAAAGUUCAAAUCAAGGUACCCCAGUGGAAACCAAAAAGAAGAGAUUUGAAAUUAAGAAAUGGACCGCAGUGGCGUUUUGGUCGUGGGAUAUAGCUGUUGACAACUGCGCUAUUUGCAGAAACCACAUAAUGGAACCAUGCAUUGAAUGCCAACCAAAGGCUAUGACCGACACAGAUAAUGAAUGUGUAGCAGCAUGGGGUGUCUGUAAUCAUGCUUUCCAUUUACACUGUAUUAAUAAAUGGAUCAAGACAAGAGACGCGUGCCCACUAGAUAACCAACCUUGGCAGUUAGCUAGAUGCGGUAGGUGA